CAAUAAAAUGUCCUGUCUGCCACGUGUCACCUCUACAUGUGGCGUCGAACCCUCUUCGAUUCUUCUUUACUAUUCCUUUCCAGAUUCCUCUCCCUCUCCCGACGGAAUCUCUCUCUCUCUCUCUCAUGGCGGAAACUUCGUCUCUGCGUUUUUCUCCCUUCCCUCCGCUCCCAUCGUUUCCUCGCUCCAGGGAAUCUACUUCCUCCCUCUCCGCAUUUUCUUCCUCGCCAAAAUCCUCAACUUCUAAUCCUCGUCCCUCUCGCCUCCGUUUCUUGGCCAAGGCUUCCGAUUCCGGAAACUUCUUUGCCCAAGACUCUUUCGGCUUCUUUCCUUGGGACGACGGUGAUUGCGAAAUUCAGUGGGUUCCUGAGGAUAGAGUGACCUUGUUCACUGCUGAUGGUCUCAUUCAGAUUGGCGGCUCUAUGGUCCCUCAACGUGUCUCUUCUUCAGAUAAGAAGCAAGGAAAACCAAAUCCAAAUGUAUCCAAACGGUUUCAAGAGAGGGAUUACAUGGAUCCAAAUCAAGGUCUAUGUCUGGGUGCACUCUUUGAUAUUGCAGCAACAAAUGGACUUGAUACGGGGAGAAGACUUUGUAUUUUUGGGUUUUGCCGUUCCAUUGAGAUGCUAAGUGAUGUUGUUGAAGACACUGUCUUAGAGCAUGGUGGGGAGGUUGUUGCUGCCGAGAAGGCAAGCAAAGGUGGUUUGCAUGAGAAGCUAACAAUGACAGUUGCAGUGCCAUUACUUUGGGGAGUUCCUCCUGUGUCUGAAACGCUUCACCUUGCUGUUCAAAGUGGUGGAGGGAUUGUCGAGAAGGUCUACUGGCAAUGGGAUUUUUUGUAGAUAUAUAAUGGAAUUCUUUUAACCAUCAUUUGUGCAUUUUGUACAUAAAUUCGUUCUGUUCCAACGUACAAUACCCCCAUUUGUUGUACUUUCUUAUCAUCGCAUAGUGUCAACAUCUAACUGAUCGUGUAAUUUUGAUUACUCCAUUACAUGUGCCACUUGAAGUCAUUCGGAAGUAAACCUCAUACUCAAUGAAAGCAGAAGAGCUGCCAUUACUAAUUGAAAAAGGGGAACGUGGCCCCGGAGUGUUGUUCAUCU